UCGAAAAGACCCAUUAUUUAAGGACUUUCUCCCUCAAACCACGUAGAUUCACUAUCAAAAACUAGAUACUGUAUACAGACUCAGACAAAAAAAGGUACUUACAAAAAAAGGUACUUUUCUCUAUCAGAAACCAGAAAAAAGAUAUCCGUAAACCAGUAAAAAAUUUACUAAAAGAAACCGUCAGAUAAACAAAAGAGAGAAAAGGUGUGGAAGUUGAAAUUUAGUAUUUCAUUGGAGUUUUGGUGACGAUUGAUUGCUUCACCAACAGGUAUAAAAUGUCCACCCCUGUUCGUGGAAAGCGUCCAAAGAGAAGAGAGAUGGGAGUGUACCACUUUAGGUUGUGGAUUGUACCACUCUGCAACUUUGGUUCUGGUGGAACGAAAUGGAUAACAUUCGAUUAUGACGAGAUACAUAAGUAUUUAGGUUUUUUGACGAGUAUCAUGAGAAUCAACCCAAAUAGAGAGGUGAUUGUUGCAUUACUGAAUUUCUGGGACCUGAAGAAUAAUGUAUUCCGCUUUUCAGAUUUUGAGUUGACAUCUACUUUAGAAGAGAUAGCGGACUAUGUUGGAUAUGGGAUAUGCAUUGGAAGAAACUUAUAGCCCCAAGACUUAUUUCAAUAAAUAGAUUAUGCAAGCUCAUGAACAUACAGAAUACGAAAGAAGAAUCAAAGAAAAAAGGUUGGGUUUCCUUGCAAUUUUUGUAUGACAGAUACGGAAGGCAAGAGGGGUUUGAAAAGUACGGUAAAUAACUUUGUAAUAAAGGGAGUUUUGAGGCUUGAAAAAUUUACAGACGAUUUGCAUUCAUGGUAGCCUUUUUAGGCACAAUGGUCUUCCCAAGAAGAGAAGAAAAAAUUAAUAUUCGUUUAGCGGGAGUGGUACAGAUACUGAUUAAGAAAGAUUACACUAUGGUACCAAUGAUCCUAGCUGAUAUUUACCGUGCUCUGACUGUUUGUUAGAAGGGAAAGAGUUUUUUCGAGGGAUGUAAUAUCUUGUUACAGAUGUGGAUUGUGGAGCAUCUUUAUCAACGUCCUACAUUGACAAGGUUCGAUCCUGAGCAAUUUAAUCGCAUCAAUGAUUACGAGGAAAGGAUGGAGAAAUAUAAAUGUCUAAAAGAAAUUGGAGAUUGGGUUAAGCUUUUUCGUUCUUUGACAGCAGAUAAAAUCACUUGGAAUCUCCAUUGGUUCCCUUGGAGGCAAGUCAUACAUAGUUCUGUCAUUCGUCCGUUCUUGUUAUUAAUUGGUAUUAGAAAUGUUCAACCGUAUGUUCCAUUAAGGGUUCUACGUCAGCUAGGUAGGCUUCAAAUAAUUUCCAUAACGGAAAACAUGACUGAGUUUGUAUUUGAGGUCAGACCAGAUAUUCCACUUCCAGAAGAUUUGGCCCAGCAGAUUUGGGAGGGUUGCCGUAUUAUGGGGAUUGAAACGAUGGUCAUAGAGCGCAAGAAAGGAGAAGUGCACCCAAAUUAUCGUGAAUAAUUUGAAGAACAAUCGAGUCUGCCAAUCAGACCAUAAAGAUCGAUUAAGGGACCUAUAGAUCAGGAAGCUGCAAUUAGGAUAGGAAUUGAGAGAGCCAUGCGAGAACAUCAUGAGGCCAACCAAGCUUUGAGAGAAGAAUUAAAGCAUGCCAGGGCAAAAAUAGACGAACAACAAAGGGAAUUUGCUGAAGAGAAAGCAAAGUAAGCAGAUAUUGAGGUUGCACUUCGGGGACAAAUCAAGCUUGCUACCACUAGGGGGUCACACGUUGCAGAAUUUGCCACAUCUCGCCGACAACAACUUUAAGAAGUUGAUAAGAAUAUGCAAGAAGAAUUUGAUCGAGAAAGAUCUCAGUGGAUUCGUGAAAGAGGAAUAUUGCGAGAACAGUUGGAGGUUGCUUCUGCUCGUGAAUAGCGUGCAAGAGAGAUGGUUGAUUUCCGAGAUCGACAGGCCCAGGAAUGGGAUCAAGCUUUCAGUUCCCUUCAAGGGAAGGUCCGCAGUGUAGCACAAGAUACUACCAGAAUGGGUUUGGAUUAUCAGCAGUUGGAUCGUGAGGUCUUUUUGGCACAGGUACCAACUUUUGCACAGCGUCUCACUACUUCAUUGGAGGACAUAUAUUUGAGUUUGGGAGGACAUAUUAAACCGAAGUUUCCUUGAAGGGAUAGUUGUUUUCUUUGUCAUAAUUUCUCUUUUUUUUUUAGUUUUAAAAUUUCUUGUUUAGAUAUUAUGUCUUUUACUUUUCAGAUGUCAGUUAGUAGGUUUUAUUUUAGGAGUUGGGUAGUUACUUUGUCGUAUUUAUAUUAUAGAAUGUAAUGAAGUUGACUAUUUAUUUCUUUAUAUAUUACAUAUGUUUUACUUCACUUUAAAUAUUUAUUCAAUCAAAACAAAAAUACAAAACAAUUUUGCUAAAUUCCUCCCGAACUACGUAAGAUCUGAUUCAUGUCCUGGCAUGAUACGUAGGCAACCCUCCAAAGGGUUCAAUUAUAAUUUUUGAAAAAAAAAACUCCUAAAAAGCCGGGAUGAAACACAAAGCCUUCCAUUAUAGGUUGGAAAAUGCAUAUAGAAGCAUGACAUAUAACGUGGCAUUAUAAUGUGUUAAAUAUAUAACACUCACCAAUUUGCUUUGGUCACAAAAAGAUAAAGUUAUUGGUGGUUGGUUUGUGGUUUAAACUGGCAUCACAUCCGUAUAACACCAGAUACAAGGGUAAAAAAAGAAUGACCCACGUAGAAGGUAUAGGGUCUGAUAGUAAAGAAGAGCAGAAUUAGUUGAUUUCGCAGGAAGUAGCAUCAAUGGACGAAAUAAAGUCAUUAAAACAAUAGAUGGCAGAGAUGUACCAAGCUUGAUUGAAUGGACAAGCCCCGCAUUCUUCAAUCCCUAGACUUUCAACUUCAAAUGAUCCAAAUUCUGACCCAGCUCAAACUAGUGAUCCAUUUUACCCACCAGGAUUUGGCCCAUUUGCUAAUAUGCCUGGAGUUGUUGGUACUUCUACCAUGUGACCACCAAAUCCAUCUGUCGCAAAUAACCUAUUUUUUACUUCUGUAGCACCAGCUACUGCGGGUACUCAACCGACAGUACCGAAGAAUAUGAAAAAACCAAAUAAUGAUAUAUCCUCCUGAAAUGACUUUCAAAUCCCAAAAUCCACCUUAUUAUAUUCAUUAACACGAUACACCUAUCGUGAUUGAGAAAAUUGCCAAGAAUGAGGAAUAGUAGGACACGACGAUCCGGUAGCUCAUUUGAAAAAGGUUUGCAAUCAAUUAAGGGGAGUAGAAGGAAAAGAAGAAUUAUUGAUGGCUUACUUUGGAGAAAGCCUUACAGGGAUAGCUUCUGAAUGGUUCAUCGAUCAAGACAUUUCCCGUUGGCACAUAUGGGAUGACAUGGCUCGAGAUUUCGUUCAACAAUUUCAAUAUAACAUUUAGAUAGUGCCAGAUCGCACUACACUUGCCAACAUGAUAAAAAAGAUGACCAAAAGUUUUCGAGAAUAUGCCGUCAGAUGGAGAGAGCAGGCUUCAAGAGUCAGACCAUCAAUUAAAGAAUCUGAAAUGAUUGAUAUUUUUAUGCAAGCACAAGAACCUAAUUAUUUUCAUCACUUGCUCUCUACUAUCGGAAGCACAUUUGCUAAAGUUAUCAAAGUUGGAGAGAUGGUAGAAAAUGGAAUAAAGUCAGGAAAGAUCAUCAGCCAGGCCACUUUGAAAGCAACAACAUAGGCAAUUCAAAGUGGUGCAGAAAAUUUUGGGGGAAAGAAAAGAAAAGAAAAGAAAAGAGGAUGUAACAACUGUCGUGACAGGUCUAAGACAAAAUUAGAGAGGUGCGCGUCAACCAUACGCACAGAAUCCAUUAUAUUUCGUUACAUCCCCUCAAUAUCCUAUUUACAAUGCACAACCAUAUGCUCAGGCUCCUUCUUACCCGCAAUGGCGUGCACCAGCAAUCCAAAAUCAUCCAAUGGCCCUGCAAGUUCAAAAAGGCCCUCCGAGGUCUAAUUUUCAGCCUAGAGCAGAAUUUAAAAGGGAUAACAUGGUAAAAGAUAAUUUCACUCCUAUUGGAAUAUCUUACACCAGUUUAUUUCAUAGGCUGAAAAAAAUGAAUGUUCUAAACCCAAUUGAGAGAAGGAUCUCGAAUCUUUCUCCGAAGAAUUUGGACUAUUCUAGAAGAUGUGAAUACUGUUCUGAUGCCCCAGGGUACGACACAGAGAAAUGUUGGUAUCUGAAAAGAGCCAUUCAAGAGUUGAUUAAUACCCAACAGAUUAUGGUAGAAAGUAUAGGUACUCCAAAUGUCAAUCAAAAUCCGCUGCCAGAUCAUAAUGAAACAAACAUGCUCGAAGUGAUACUCUGUGGUAAAGAUGCUACGAUUUCCUUUAAUUCGAGCAUUAAAAUUAAAACUAAUUUGGAAAAAUUAGCAAAUGCUGUAGAUUUGACAAAAGAAAAUCCUGUAGAAGCGAAGGUGGUGAUAGUAAAACCCAAAUCAUCGAAUGCUCCCUUGGUGAUGGGGAAAGAGAUUUCAGAAAAUAUUGGGUCAAGUCAAAUAAAGCCGAAACACAUUAUUCCCGGAAGAUCCAAUAAGCCUCUCUUAAUCAUAAAAGGAGCUCCCGUAGCUCCUAUUGUUAUUAAACCAGUGUCACAGCUGCCUGUGGUUGAUACCAAAGCAAUCCCUUGGAAUUAUGAUCGCGUUGUGGUGAUGCACAAGAGGAAAGAAGUGACUGAAGAUGUAGAUAAAGUGAAGGUAUUAACUCUAUCUGGAAGAUGUUAUGCUCCAGUAGAGUUAAGAAAGAAUAAAAAAGGCGGUGAAGAACGAAUGACGUUCAAGAAACCUAUUACUGAUGAAGAAGUUGAAGAAUUUUUAAAGAAAAUGAAAUUGCCAGAAUAUUCUGUUAUAGAACAGUUGAAGAAGACACCAGCACAGAUUUCUUUGUUGUCUUUAUUGAUACAUUCAGAGGAACACCGCAAGGCUAUAAUGGAGAUUUUUAAUUAAGCAUGUGUUCCCAGUGAGAUUAAAGUGAAUCAACUGAAAAAAGUUGUUGAAAGGAUCCUUGAAGCAAAUAAGAUUACUUUCUCAGACGAUGAAUUGCCUGUGGAAGUUACUGGACAUAAUAAGGGUCUCUACAUUACUGUAAAACGUCAGUACUCCAGCGUCAUUCGAGUGUUAAUUGAUAGAGGAUCAGGUGCUAACAUUUGUCCUAUGUCAACUUUGCAUAAGUUGAAUGUUAAUGUGGAGAGAAUUCGACCUAACAAAGUAUGCGUCAAGGGUUUUGACGGAUCAAAAAUUGAUGCCUUUGGUGAAAUAGAACUCAUAUUGAAAAUUAGGCCUGUAGAUUUUGCUAUGGAUUUCCAAGUGCUGAACAUUGAUGCUUCAUAUAAUAUAUUAUUGGGAAGGCCAUGGAUUCAUAGGGCUAAAGCAGUUGCAUCAAAUGGUCAAAUUUGAAUAGGACAGGCAAGAGAUGGUUGUUCAUGGUGAAGGAGACUUAUCCAUGUAUAAAGACUACUCUGUUUCCUCCAUCGAAGCAGAUACUGCCAAUGUAUUAAUUCAUCAAGCUUCUGAGGUAGCGACUGUUGAGCAUAACCUCGAGGGAUGUUUUUGCAAGGCAUUAUUCAUCCGAUAAACCUCUAUGAGAACUUUGAUACUUUUAGUCUGGGAUACGAGCCUACUGCUGAAGAUAUAAAGAAGGCUAAAAAGCGUAAUAAAGAGUCGUGGUCACUUACCAAGCCGAUACCGCCACUUCAAGAGUAUUUCAUCAAAUUUAUUAUUGUUGGAUCCUCCAAGUUACCUGUUGCAGAAUCAAUGAAUGAUGAUGAUACAGAGUUGAUAGACCUUUUUCAGAAUAUAUUCAUUGAAGCUGAUAUGGUUGAAAUUGGGAAAGGUACCAGCAAUGCAGAUGUGUAGUUUGUCGGCCCUGAUGUUCAGCUUAACAAUUUAGUAGUUUGUUUGUUUUUACCCCUGUAAUUUAAAUCAUUCUAGGAUUGUAAUUCAGAACUUUAAAUCUGGUAUUUUAGAUUAAAACUCUUUAUAUCUAUGUUUCUAAUAAAGCGUAGUUUUCCUUUAUUUUAUUUUUCAGUUUGAUUUUUAUUUAUUUAUUUUCUAUCAUACAGGUCUUUCUAUGUUGAUUCUAAUGAUAUGACAUGCAUGAAGAAUUGUCAACCAGAUUUAAAAACCCAAUCUAAUUUUGAAAUAAUGAAUAAGGAGGUUGAAUACGAUGAAUAGGAAACAUUUGAAGAUACAAGCAAAGGUUUCAAAGAGUUUGAGAACAAGACAAAUCCCAAUUUGGAAGGAACUGAGGCGAUCAAUUUAGGAGAUCAUGAAAAUAUUAGGGAGACUAAGAUAAGUGUACAUGUUCAACCAUAACAAAAGAAAGCUAUAAUUGAAGCUUUGCAUGAGUAUAAAGACAUCUUUGCUUGGUCUUAUGAUGAUAUGCCCGGUUUGAGCACUGAUUUGAUAGUUCACAAGUUGCUAAUUAAUCCUGUUUUUCCUCCUAUCAAACAGAAGCUAAGAAAGCUCAAAACUAACAUGAGUGUAAAAAUUAAAGAGGAAAUCACAAAGCAACUUGAGGCUAAAGUCAUUCGAGUGGCCCAGUAUCCUACUUUGUUGGCGAAUAUUAUCCCUGUUCCAAAGAAGGACGGCAAAGUUUGGAUGUGUGUUGAUUAUCGUGAUCUAAAUAAGGCGAGUCCGAAAGAUAAUUUUCACUUCCCAAUAUCCAUAUUUUGUUGGACAAUUGUGCCAAACAUGAUCUUGCAUCUUUUGUGGAUUGUUAUACGGGGUAUCACCAGAUCAUUAUGGAUCCAGAAGAUGCGGAAAAGACAUCAUUUAAAAUGCCAUGGGGGACAUAUUGUUAUCGAGUCAUGCCUUUUGGACUAAAGAAUGCUGGGGAUGCUGGGGCAACUUACAUGAGGGCAAUGACCACAAUGUUUCAUGACAUGAUGCACAAAGAGAUUGAAGAUUAUGUAGAUGACGUGAUCAUUAAGUCGAGAGAGCAAUCUGAUCAUGUCAAAGAUUUGAGAAAAUUCUUUAAAAGGCUUCAGAGGUAUGAUCUUAAACUUAACCCAGCAAAAUAUGUAUUUGGAUUUCCAUCAGGAAAACUCUUGGGUUUUAUAGUGAGUCGACGUGGCAUUGAGUUAGAUCCUUCAAAAAUAAAAGCUAUUCAAGAUUUGCCUCCACCAAAAAAUAAAACAUAGGCGAUGAGCUUACUUGGAAGGUUGAAUUAUAUCAGUAGAUUCCUUGUUCAGCUUACAACAACCUGUGAGCCAAUAUUCAAGUUAUUGGAGAAGAAUGCUAAAGUUGAAUGGACUGAAGAAUGUCAAGAGGCAUUUGACAGAAUUAAGAGAUACUUGUCGAAUCAGCUUAUUUUGGUUCCUCCAGAGCCAGGCAGACCUUUGAUAUUGUACAUGUCUGUGUUAGACAAUUAUUUUGGCUGUGUAUUGGGCCAACAUGAUAUCAUGGGCAGAAAAGAACAAGUCAUCUACUACCUCAGCAAAAAGUUUACCACUUAUGAAGCUAAGUACACUCUUCUUGAGAAGACGUGCUGCGCCUUAACUUGGGUAGCCCAAAAGCUAAAACAUUACUUGUCAUCUUAUACUACUUACCUUAUCUCUCGUAUGGAUUCUUUAAAGUAGAUUUUUUAGAAGCCUAUGCCCAUAGGAAGACUCGUGAAAUGGUAGAUGUUGCUCACAGAGUUUGAUAUUAUUUAUGUGACACGAACUGCAAUGAUAGCUCAAGCCUUGGCGGAUUAUUUGGCUGAAAAUCCUAUUGAUGAGGAGUAUGAGCCAUUGAAGACUAAUUUUCCAGAUUAAGAGGUAUUGUAUGUUGAUAAGUUAUUUUUUAUGAUUGUCAUUCAGGCUGAAAGAUGUUCUUUGAUAGAGUCGUUAAUGUAAAAGGAGUGGGGAUAAGAGCAGUUCUUAUUUCUGAAUCAGGAUAAUAUUAUCCUAUAACAGCCCAACUUUGAUUCUACUGUACCAAUAAUAUGGCAGAAUACGAAGCUUGCAUUCUGGGAUUAAGAUUAGCCAUUGACAUGGGGAUUCAAGAACUGUUGGUAUUGGGAGAUUCAUAUUUAUUAGUCCACCAAAUCCAAGGAGUUUAGGAGACCCGUGAUUCGAAACUCUUACCAUAUAGAGGUUGUUUGCAAGAUCUUUGUCAACAAUUUGUAUCAAUAAAGUUCAAACACAUUCCCAGAGCUCAUAAUGAGAUUGAUGAUGCUUUGGAAACCUUAUCUUUGAUGCUUCAACAUCCCGACAAAACUUAUAUUGACCCUUUGCAUAUACAGAUUCAUGAUCAACAUGCAUAUUGCAAUGUGGUUGAGGAAGAACUUGAUGGGGAGCCGUGGUUCCAUGAUAUCAAAGAGUAUAUUCAGACUGGAAAAUAUCCUGUACAUGCCGAUGGUAAUCAAAAGAUAACCAUUCGACGUUUGUCUAGUGGAUUUUUUCUAAGUGGAGGAAUCUUGUAUAAGAGGACUCCUGAUUUGGGACUUCUGAGGUGUGUAGAUGCUAAAGAAGCUUCAAAAAUCAUGACUGAAGUAUAUUCUGGGAUUUGUGAACCACACAUGAGUGGGUAUGUUUUGGCAAAGAAAAUACACCGAGCAGGUUAUUAUUGGCUCACCGUGGAGCGAGAUUCUAUCACUUUCGUUCGUAAAUAUCAUGAAUUCCAGGUACAUGGAGACUUGAUACAUUCCCCUCUAUAUGAGUUGCAUACAAUGACUGCUCCAUGGCCUUUUGUGGCUUGGGGAAUGGACGUAAUUGGACCAAUUGAACCAAAAGCUUCAAAUGGACAUAGGGUCAUCUUGGUAGCUAUUGAUUAUUUCACGAAGUGGGUGGAAGCAGCGACUUUCAAGUCAAUGACCAUAAAAGUGGUGGUUGAUUUUAUUCACUCCAAUAUCAUUUGUCGGUUUGGCAUUCCAAAGAUAAUUGUCACGGAUAAUGCUGCGAAUCUCAAUAGUCAUCUGAUGCAAGAACUGUGCCAGCAAUUUAAGAUUAUGCAUCGGAAUUCAACUCUUUAUCAUCCAAAAUCGAAUGGAGUUGUAGAAGCUGCCAACAAGAACUUAAAAAAAAUUCUCCGUAAGAUGGUGCAGGGUUCCCGAUAAUGGCAUGAAAAGUUACCCUUUGCUUUGUUAGGUUAUCGUACUAUAGUUUGGACUUCAAUUGGUGUAACUCCUUACUUGUUAGUGUAUGGAACUGAAGCAGUUAUACCUGCAGAGAUUGAAAUUCCAUCUCUUCGAGUAGUUGUAGAAGCUGAAAUUGAUGAGGACCAAUGGGUCAAGACUCGUUUGGAGCAAUUAAGCUUGGUAGAUGAAAAAAGAUUGACGUCAGUAUGUCAUGGACAACUGUACCAGAAGAGAAUGACACGAUCAUAUAACAAAAAGGUGCGUCACAGACAUUUUGAAGUUGGUCAGUUGGUACUAAGACGCAUCCUACCUCAUCGAAUUAAAGCCAAAGGCAAAUUUUCUCCUAAUUGGCAUGGACCAUUCAUGCUGAAGAAAGUGUUACCUAAUGGCGUGUUAUAUUUGACUGAUAUAGAAGGCAAAAUGGAAGGAAUGCUGGUCAAUGUAGAUGCAGUUAAAAGAUAUUAUGUAUGAUAUUCAUGUACAAUUAGGUUAUGUAUGUUUUGUACUUACAUUUUUAAAGAUUUGAAAUGA